AUGAUAUCGGACCUUCCAACGGAUGUGGCAGAGGAUGUUCUCUCUAGGCUUCCGGUGACAUCUCUGGUAGGAGUACGAUUUGCUUGUAAAAAGUGGAACACUUUAACCAAAGAUGAGGGGUUUAUAAAGAAGCACCUCGGUAAGAAUCAGUGGAGGAAGGUGGUGAUGCUGCUGGACUAUAAGCUCUACAGUUGUAACUCUAACUUGUGGAAAGUUGUUGUUGAUGUCAUCCCUGACUGGAGUAUAGAGUUUUAUCAACGUGGCGUGUCUCUAAAGGGCAACACUUACUUGUUUGCUGAAGAGAAGCUUGUCGAUGUAGCUCCAGGAACAGAGAUAUCAGAUCUCCGUGAUUUCUUACUUUGUUUUGAUUUUACAAAAGAGAGGUUUGGGCCGCGUCUGCCUCUGCCUUUUCACUCCUUCGGAGACAUAGUGACCCUCUCUAGUGUUGGAGAAGAGAAGCUUGCUGUGUUAUUUCAGAAACAAGGUUUGCCUCCAUACACGGUCAAGAUUUGGAUUAGUAGUAGCAAGAUCGAGCCCGAUGCAGUGUCGUGGAACAAGCUGUUCCUAAGUGUUGAUAUGAAACCACUCACGGGUUUCCUGUUUCUUGACAACGGUGGGAGUUUCUUCGUUGACGAAGACGAGGAGGUGGCAGUGGUUCUUGAUAAAGCCAGAGGUAAGUUUCGCCUCACUCACAACAUUGCUUGCAUCAUUGGUAAAAAUGGACACUUCAAACAAGUGGAUCUCGGAGAACGCGCAGAUCCUUCUCUUAAGCUCCCCACAAAUAUCCCAGUUGUGUGCUCUUAUGUUCCUAGCUCUGUAGACAUCAUGUAAACUGCACACCAGUAUCUAUUAAAUCUGCCGCUGUCCGUUUUCUUACCCUUUUUUUUUUAUCAGUUAUCUGGUCUCUGAACUUGAUGGCCUAUGCUUUCUUCGCUUUUGUUCAUCUUAUUUAUAUUUUCAAUCAAAUACUCGUGUUGUGAACUUGUAUGGCUUCUUCCACCAUGUAUUUGAUAUCCUUUGCACCUUAAGACUUUUGUUUAAUUUUAGGGAUUCAACAAUGUAAUGUUUACUGGGUCACUAUUCUUCUUUAGAGCUUAACCUUACUGCACAUCAUCAUCUCCUAAGAUACAUGCAUGGUUCCAGUUAAGCAAAAUUAUACGUGUAGACAACUAGAAUAACGUAUGCCACUAAAAAUUGAGUUUGUAUUUUUGUUCUUUACAAAGCAUGCCAUUAUUCACCCUUCCAAGUAGAAAAAAAGUUCCAGAUGCUAGCACAUCUACCUGAGAUGGAUGUAAUUUGAUAUUCAUAUGUAAAAGAAUGUUCUUAAAAGCUUGAAACAUGUCUUUGACUUAUCAGCUCUGAUCAUGUCAUGGAGGAGAUGAGCUAGGCCAAAAGCUGCUGCUUAGAUACUGCAUCACAUAUCACAUUAUUUAGUUGGUAUGUUUAAAGCAAGCAUAAUACAGUUACGGCUCUAAUUUAGUUCUUACCUUCACCAAACAUCUUCUUCAAAGCGUGGCAAUUACAAGCCAGGUUAAGAAAGUGUUCUUUGAAGACAUCUGCAUUUUCAGCUUUAGAGCAAUACUUUCCACAAGUUAAGAGACAAAAGAUAAACGAUUAUUAGAGAUUUGGUAGCCAUUUCAUGGAAAUUAAAUAAGGAGAGUAUCGUAAAUUUUACCAACAGAUCCGACCAUGUGACGGAGUAGGGGGGCCGCAUGUCCACGGAGGCUGGAUAUACAGGCUGACAGCUGCUGCAUAAUAAAAUCACUUAAAUCAUCUAAAUGUACAAAGAAGAAAUAAUUCAGUUGGGCUUGAAGUUAGUUCACACCUCCAUCCAACAUCUUCUUUAACACGUGAACAGCAUAUGUAUUAGUAUUAGAAGCAAGGCUAAGAAAAUGCGGAUGAAGUUCUUUGAAUACACGCUCUAGAGAGUCAUUGGUAGCAUUUUGGAGCUGUUCUUUGAAGUAUGACAAAUCAUCUGGCCACAAAGAGAAUGAACUUUCAACUCUUUGACUUCAAAAGAUAUUAUUCAAAUAUGCAUUGAAAAUGUGCUCAAUUUCCUAACUUACCUAUGACUGGUGCAAAUUGGUUGUCAAGAUCAGUUUCUACUAACAGAUCCGAUAAGCAGCUUCAAUCUUAUGUGGUGCCUAAAGGAAAUAAACACACACACACACGACGCAUAUAUAAUAAACGCUUCUUACAAUGGUCCAUAAGCACUUAUGGAUCAACAUAGGGCUGUGGUGCAGAAGGAGAAACCGACCGGGCUCGACGACCCAAACCGACCAAACGUCCCUUCUUAUUUGGAACCGACUGAAAUAGAAAAUAAACAAAUUUAAAUAAUAGAAAAGAUGAUAAAAUGAAAAUAAAGAAAUAAAUGAAUUGAAUUUUUUUAUAAAGAACAUACCGAUUCAACGAUUUCGUUGAUUCGAAUCCAGGACAAGUUGGUCGAAGCCGUCGAAGUGGCGUCCAGGUCGGUUUGAAGCUGAGAUAUACGGGUCUCUUCGUCUUCCUUCUGAGUUUCGAUCAGGCUGAGCACAUCUCUCACAACACCAUCAUCAAUCUCCCCGGUGUGCUUGUUGGUAUGCGCCGUCUUCAUUAGGACGAAAUCAUCAACCGGCUCGCCAUCAUUUUCAUCCGCCUUGAAAAAAACAAAAGUUAAACAAACAUUAGAAAUUAGAAGAAAUGCAUAAAAAAUAAAAUAAAAACACUUAAAUAAUUAAAAAAAAAAGAUUGAACUUAACAAACGAUCCCCAAGAGUGGCAAUAGUCUGGGCACCCAAAUUGUGCUUGUAUAUGCCAUUCCCGCCACGAUCGCUCUUACGGUUCGCGGAGUUGGUCACGGAGGUAGCUUUCGUCUCGUCCUUAUCCCAAUGCACACACAACUUCUCCCAGACCGUGUUGUUGAUCGACUUCGGGACCUUUUAAUAAAAAAAAUAUAAAAUAGUUUAAUAAAUCCAAAAAUAGUUUAAUAAAUUCAAAAAAUGGUUUAAUAAAUUAAAAAAAACCUGGUUGAUGAGCCACUUCUGCUUCCACACGUAGAUCUGCUUCCCAUAGUUGUCCAUAACUUUAUGGACGAAGGCGUCACAGAUAAAGUUCGUGUGAUCGGGAUUCCAGGUGAACUCUUGCUGAAAAAAAACACAAUUUGUAAAAAAUUUAUAUUAAAGAUUAAAAAUAUAAGUGAAAAAAUUAGAAUAGUUACCGCAAACUGACAAAACCACAUCUCCUGGUCCUCGGCAGGGAAGUGAGUGAAAGUCGGAUAUCCCUUGCUGAGGUUCGAGUACAUCAUAUUGUUGAUCCAUGCGCUGAUCCCAUUCCCGGAUCGGUUGAACCUAAUAUAAGAAACAAAUUAUUAAUAAUGAAUCAAAUUUUAAUGAAAAAAAAAACUUUUAAUUACCAUGUUUGACGUCGUCCCUUUGGACACAGAGUGAGAUAGGGAAGAUGCUCACGACCGGGCUGUUGAACCAACUGGGCAACAGUCAUCACUCCCGGAACGACUGGAGGAGCGGGAGGGGGUGCAGCAGUGGGAGCGGGUGCAGCAACGGGAGGGGGUGCAGCAGCGGGAGCAAAAACCGGUGCGGGAAAUGAAGAAUCCCGAUAGUGGCUGCUCGACCCCCUAGAGUGGCUGGACGAACCCCGAGAGUGGCUGGACGAACCCCGAGAGUGGCUGGACGAACCCUGAGAGUGGCUCCCCGUACCACUACGACCUCAUGGUGAGGCACGACGAGAUCGAGACCGGGUCUGAUCACCAGUAGACCUGUAAAUUAAAAAAAACAUAUUU